CGUUGUUCACCCUCACCUGCAGGUAACUAUAGCAGGAGAGAUAUCAGAUAAUCGGAAUUUCAUUUUUCAAUUAAAAAUAACAAAAAAACUGCCCGGAAACUAGGGCUCGGAAAUCACUUUAGCAGUUCAGCUUAUCGACGUUACUCAGACACUCACUAUAACAUAACAUUCUUGUGCUCGCUUCUCUCUCUCUCUCCCCGACAACGCAGUUCUUUCGAUUUCUCUCUCUACAAAGGGAUAUGUCUUCUGAUACUGCGAAGGAAAAUGCUUCGGUAGUUGAUUCGUCAGUGACGGAAUGGAAACAGGACAUGGGGAAUUCAGAUGAUCCUGGUAAAUUAAAUGAUGAAGAGAGCUCAAGUUAUAAAGGUGACCAUAAUGGUGAUCCUUCUAGGGAAAAGCAAGUGGUUGAAAAUCAUGAAUGUGUUGCUGAUUCAACUGCAACCAAAAGGGGUAAAUUGUAUGACACUAGGUAUUUUAUCAUAAAGAGUUUGAAUCAUCAGAACAUCCAACUAUCCGUUGAGAAAGAAAUUUGGGCUACUCAAGUCAUGAAUGAACCAAUUCUGGAAGAAGCCUUUCAUAAUUCUAGUAGAGUAAUCUUAAUAUUUAGUGUCAACAUGAGUGGUUUCUUCCAAGGGUAUGCCCAAAUGAUGUCUUCUGUUGGGUGGAGGCGAGAUAAUGUUUGGAGCCAAGGGAGUGGUAAAUCUAAUCCUUGGGGACGCAGUUUUAAGGUCAAAUGGCUACAGUUAAAUGACCUACCUUUCCAAAAAACUCUUCAUCUCAAGAACCCGUUAAAUGACUAUAAACCAGUAAAAAUUAGCAGAGACUGUCAGGAGUUAUCUCCCGAUAUUGGAGAAGCUCUCUGUGAGCUUCUUGAUGGCAAGAGUAAUUUUGAUAGCCUGCAGAUUAGGGAUGAAUAUCGUUCGAAAAGGCCCUGUAUGGAACCUCCGUGUUCAUUAGGAGAUGAAGAGUAUAAUGCGCCCCCAGUGCAUCCUUCAUGGUCUCAGUCACCCAUGCUUUAUUCUUCAUUAAUGUACCAACAUCAGACUGAAGCCAUUAGAUAUCAGUUAGCCCAUGGCAGAACUAGUGGGGUUACAUUUCCUGGAAACUUUAAUGUAAAUUCUGCAGCGUCAAAAGUUACAAGGAUGAAACACUCUUCCAACAAUGGGUAUCUUCCUAAUACACAAAUGGAUAGGGAUGUGGCUUCUCGAUUUGAUUUGUGGGGCAUUAGUGCAGAAAGCCCCCGGGCUAGUGUUCUGACAGAGGACGACUUUCUUGAAAUGUCUUACGAAGAAUACCUCGAGGCUCAUAGCAGAAGCAGCAAACAAUUAUGUCUUCCUGCUUCUGGACCUUCACGAAUGAAAGAGGACUCGUCAAGAAGCAAAAAGCAGGACGAAGAUUUAAGCUCGAGUUAUGGAAGUGACAGGGGAUGCUCAAGGAAGAGGACUCAUCAUUCAUCCCAGAAAUAAUAAACUCCUAGUGUACUUUUGUGUUUUUUUUUUUAAUUUUUAAUUUUUUUUUAAUUUUUUAAUGGUAGUGUUAUCCUAAUCCCUAGAAUUGGGACUUGUUUUGUUGUUAUAUGUUGUACAAAUGUGUACCUUAUAAUGACGAUUCGUAACAACAAUUUACUGAGGUUCGUUAGCCAACCUGUACAUAAAUUGAAUUGGCUUCAUUGCCCCUACUUUUACGUUUU